ACUUUCACUGUCACACAACAACAACCAUGGCUAUGGGAAGAGGCGGUGCAAUAGUCUCAGCUCUCCUUCUGCUAUUCUGCUUCACGGAGAUGGCUCAGGCCGCCACCUUCACCGUCGGAGAUGGUGGUGGUUGGACAUUUAACACCCAACGAUGGCCUCAAGGAAAGACCUUUAGGGCUGGAGACACACUUGUGUUUAACUAUCGUCCUGGGACUCACAACGUGGCGGUAGUAAACAAGGCGGGUUACGAUGCAUGUAAGACUCCCUCAGGUUCAAAGGUUUUCACGUCAGGGAAGGAUCAGAUCAAGCUCGUGAGGGGCCAAAACUACUUCAUCUGCAAUUACCCAGGCCACUGCGAGUCCGCCAUGAAGAUUGCUGUCAAGGCUCUCUGAUUUAAUUAUUAUUAUAUUGCCAGAAAACUAAGACUUUUAAUCUCUAUAUAUCAUGCAUGAAUAAUAAUCUAGUAUCUGUCUGUUUUAGUAAUUCACUAUUCACUUGUAUUAUUAUGUGGGUGUGAGAGAAAAGUGUGUUAUUAUGAUGUACUAGUAAUUAUAUUAAUGAUGCAUGUUUGCUGUGCUUUGUAGUGCCGAAAA